AUGGCCGAUUUCGAAUAUGAAAAUCGGAUCAAAUACAUGCAUUCCAUGCAGAAGACGGUGUUUGUCGCAGUGGCACUCAGGUAAGAGGGGUGGGAGGGGUAAGGAUAUGAAUUUCUUAGCAUUUUUCAUAAAGUGCGUGGACAUUUUUUCUCUCUCUCGCUUGAAGAAAUGCACAUACCGUUUUCUUCGAAAAGGCUAACAGGGGAACUACUCCAAGUGUGACGCUCAGAUUUUCUUGAAAUUUUGCACACACAUCGUGUAUGGACUAAAUAUGAAUUCCUGAAAGUUUUAGCUCGCGCUUUCCGAGCGCCGCCGAGAUAUCAAACAAUUUUUGCCGCCUAGAGAGCACGCUAAACGUGGAUAGCGGUCACAGAAAAAAACGCUUUUUAGCCAUAACUUUGGUAGUUUCGUGCGGAAAAAUUUGAUUUUUUGUACAAACAUCAUCCUUUACGGUAGAAAUAGUCAUGAAACCGAAAUUGGGCAAAAAGUCAUAAAUUUUAGCCAACUUUCGAUCUAAAAAUCUCGGUUGUUUCUGCAAAGCGCGAGCUAGGAUUGUCGAAUAUAUCUUACAAGGAAAGUACUUCUAUGGGGUGUGGAAUUACCGGUCGAGAUAUAUAUCAAAAAAUUCGCAAAAAUUUUCUGAUUCAGAAUAUAUAUAAAUUAGCUGCCUAAUUUUGGUCUGAUGACAUGUUUUUGUCCUCAGAAGUUUUCUCGCGACACAAUGCAAGUGUCUUUUUGACCGUGUUUUUACCAAUAAAAAAAUUUUGUUUUGUGCUAAAAUAAAUUUUGAGGCCUUGACAAGCCUUAAAAUAUCAAAUUGGAUUACAACUACACCUUAAAAGUAGUUCCAAUGUAAAAAAUGGGUUCUAGUGUGGCAAAAAGAAUCGAACCCGUCCCCUUCGGAUUCCCAAUCUAGCGCUCUAACCACUCGGCCACACCGCUCUCUUCCGAGGGAAGAGACCGAGCUCGCUUUUGUUGCCGCAGAUUUGUUUCCUCGAGAAAUACAUUUAUUGAUAAAACUCGUUAAUAGACCAAAAUUAGGCAGCUAAUUUUUAUAUAUUCUGAAUCAGAAAUUUUUUGCGAAUUUUUUGAUAUAUAUCUUGACCGGUAAUUCCACACCCCAUAGAAGUACUUUCCUUGUUAGAAAAAAUUAUUCUAAAUUUGUGCCAAGUUUCAUAAAAAUCUGAGCGUCGCACUUGGAGUACUUCCCCUGUAAGUGCAUUCUUCAUGCCUCUAAAAUCUCAACCGAGAAUGCCCCCUCCGGCACUUUCUUUUUCACAAUUCCCCCUUGUUUCAUCAAAAUUUAUCGAUUUAUCCUUCUGUCGGGAAAAUAAUGAACACAAUGUCUUUGUACCGAUCGCGUCGCUGAACUGAAAAGCAAUUCGAUUUUGCUGCGACACAAUUCAUUUUCUCGGCUGCGAUUUUCGAUGCGACAGAGUCCUCAUUAUUUUCCCGACAGACUGAUAAAGUUAACUUUCUCAAAAAUUCAACAUUUUCCAGCUCUUAUUCAACCCCUUUUUUUCAGCUGUUUAGCAGUCUUCUCAAGCAUCGUCCUCAUCCCCAUGGUCUACUUCCGGAUGCAGCGCACGCUAACGCAGAUCCAGCCGAACAUUGAGGAGUGCAAAAUCGACACGCAGUACAUCUGGAGGGACAUUGACGCCACGGAAGAGGCGCUCGGCACCAAGAUCUCUGCGCAUCGUCGCCUCCGCCGACACACAUCUCAACGCCCGUUGGUGGCGUCAAACGUAUACUCCACCGCCGUGCCGGGGAGGCCCAAAUAUCGUAAGGGGAGCGUCUCGAAUACUCCGGCUUCGUAUGCGCGGCCAGCCCGGCCAACUGGACCGUCGGGCCAAGGGAAUGCGAAAGGAGCGGCUGCUGGAGACUCUGAUGGAUGUUGUGGCUGUGGCCGAGGGUUGGCUGGCCCACCGGGACCGCCGGGCGCGGCUGGAGAUCCAGGUAAAUCUUGGCUUUUUUAAGCUUUCUAAUGUGAAUUUUGGCUUUUUGAAGCUUUCUGUUGUGAAUGUGAUGUCAAAUCUUGAAGAUAAUAUUGCUAUUUUAGCCAUUAGCUUGUAAUUUUAGAGCUUUGCAAAAAAAUCAAGUUUUCGUGGUGGGACCAAAAUUUGAAUUUAACAAAGUAUCCCACCGUAUUUUAAAUGUUCUCAAAAUUUACUUUUUAUUCUUGUCCACGAAUAGUCUUGUAUUUUCCCAAUAAAUCACGUUUUCGUGGUGGGACCGAAAAUUUUAAAAAUCAUGCAUAAAAUGAAAACAAGCAUAUUACUUACUGAACCGUAUUUUACAAGUUCUAGAAAUUGUGUUUUUAGAUUUUUUCCAAAAGAAAAUAUAUAUAUAUAGUCUUGCAUUCCCCCCAGUAAAUCACGUUUUCGUGGUGGUACCAAAAAUCGAAAUUUAAAAUUUGACGUUAAAUCCGGCUGAUCGUAUUUUGCAACAGCCUGUUUUUCAAUAGGAAAUAACUCUUUCUUGACCUAGGGCUUUUCCACUAUCAGAAAUCGGGCUAUCGCGGUGAGACCCAAAAUUUCUUUCAAAAAAUUAUUUUUGAUAAAAUCAGCAAAACUGAGUCUUAAAUAAGCUCCUAAAUUUACACAACAUGCUGAUAGUGUCUGUAAAAUUAAUUUCCUCCAACUUCAGGGCCGGACGGACAAGAAGGACCGCGUGGCGCCGCCGGAAAAGACGCCGAUCUCAAAGGAACCCCAACCGAAGACGACUUCUGUUUCGAAUGUCCUCCCGGUCCGGUCGGCCCGCAAGGAGCGCCAGGACCGAAAGGAGACGAUGGUCCAGUCGGUCACCCGGGAAAAGACGGUCGAAACGGGGAGCCUGGUCCACCCGGACCGGUCGGAUAUCCCGGUCCGAAGGGCGAACCGGGAGAUCCGGGAGAUAAUGGAGACAGAGGGGUUGAUGGGGAGGUAGGAUGAGUAUUUCUCAUCGUAAUGUAAAAUAAAAUUGUAGCUGUCAGAAGAGGAGGGUCCAGCCGGUCCUCCAGGGCCUCCAGGGGCUCGUGGACCACCUGGCGAGCCGGGAGAGGAUGGAAGAAACGGCCAGGAUGGAGUGCCUGGACCCAUUGGACCACAAGUAAGAUAAUAAUUUCUAGAUAAUUUUUUGGCCUUUCUUUGAAACUUGCGGGGUGUUUUUGGACAUGAAAAUUUCAGAAGGAAGACUUGGCCCUAUGAGUCAAGUGUUUCUCUCUGUGUCUUUUUCCAAGAAAGUGCAAUGAAAAGUCCAUCAAAUUAAACGAUUUGAUAUGGUAUUAGAGUGUUGCAUGAAGUUUUCAUACCAAAUUUCAAGUUUCUAGACCCAAAAAAUUUUUUUAUCGACCAGUAUAUUGCACAUGAAUAACAUAACAUUUUUUUCUAAGUGUCCUUCAAGUUUCAACAAUCCUUUUUUAACCUGUUUGUGGCAUCUUUAUCAGCAUAUUCGGCGCGAUUUUCCAUAUAGCUGUAGUAAUUUUUGAGUUUGAGCGUAACACUUGACCCAAAGUGUAAUGUGUUCCCCUAGAAAAAAUAUGAUCCUUAGAGUAAAAGGCCGUAUUUUACCUUUACAUUGGUCACCCUAACUAUUCAAAAAAUUCGCUGAAACCUUGAAAACCAACCUUUUUUCAGGGAGAACCAGGCAGCAGCGGUCCCAGAGGAGCUAAUGGAGCAGACGGCCCGAGAGGAAAACCUGGCGAUAAUGUAAGCUUUUUUACAUUCCAUUUCAAUAGUAAAUUCAACUUUUUAGGGUCCCAAAGGAAGCUGCGAUCACUGCCCGGAGCCCCGAUUGGAGACCGGAUAUUGGGAGAAACGACAGCCCCAAGGAUAG